CUCACCCUCCUACAUCAAAUAUUGAAGACAUGCAAAAAAAAAGUCAACAUAUUCUAAGUCAUUCUAUUUCUUCAAAAUCAACGGGUCAAUCUUCUCUUGUUGAUGGUGAUAGUGUUGAAAAAGUUAGUGAUGAUAGAAAACACACAUCUCCUUCAUUUUGGAAAUUGUUAGCCUUGAAUCUCCCUGAGUGGAAACAAGCAUGUUUGGGGUGUUUGAGUGCAGUGUUUUUUGGAGCAAUUGAGCCAAUGUAUGCAUUUGCAUUGGGGUCCAUGAUAUCAAUUUUUUUCCUCACGGAUCAUGAUGAGAUUAAAAGGAAAAUUGCAACCUAUUGCAUAUUUUUUGCGGGGUUGACUGUGUUUCAAUUGGUUGUUAAUAUCGUCCAACAUUACAAUUUGGCUUACAUGGGAGAAUACUUGACCAAAAGGGUCAAAGAGAGAAUGCUUGCCAAGAUACUCAGUUUUGAAGUUGCAUGGUUCGAUCAAGAUGAAAAUUCCACAGGUGUUGUUUGCUCUAGACUAUCUACAGAAGCUAAUAUAGUGAGGUCUUUAGUGGGAGAUAGAAUGUCUUUGUUGCUACAAACUACCUCCGCCGUGGUAAUAGCAUGCACUGUGAGCCUAAUCAUUGCAUGGAGAUUUGCCAUUGUAUUGAUAAUUGUUCAACCUAUAUCCAUUGCAAGUUUCUACACAAGAAUUGUAAUCCUAAAGGGCAUGUCUAAAAAGGCCAUCAAAGCCCAAGAUGAAAGUAGCAAAAUAGCAGUUGAAGCUAUUUCCAACCUUCGAACCAUCACUUCCUUUUCCUCACAAGACCGAGUCAUAAAAAUGCUACAAAAAGCCCAAGAGGGCCCAAGCCAUGAAAGCAUUCGACAGUCAUGGUUUGCUGGCAUUGGGCUUGGAUGUGCCCGAAGCCUUACAACUUUCAGUCGGGCUUUAGAAUAUUGGUAUGGCGGAAAUCUUGUUUACCAUGGCCACAUUACUUCAAAAGCAUUGUUUGAGACCAAUUUAAUAAUGGCAAAUACUGGUAGGAUGAUAGCAGAUGCUAGUAGUCUCACUAGUGACCUUGCUAAAGGAGCAAAUGCCAUUGGCCUAGUUUUCACAAUCUUAGAUAGAAACACAAAAAUAGAGGCUGAUGAAAUGAGUGCAUACAAGCCCCAAAAGUUAAUAGGCCAUAUAGAACUCCAAAAUGUUUAUUUUGCAUACCCAUCAAGACCCAAUGUGAUGAUCUUCCAAGACUUCUCCAUCAAAAUUGAUGCAGGCAAAUCCACAGCAUUGGUAGGGGGAAGUGGGUCUGGAAAAUCAACUAUAAUGGGCUUAAUAGAGAGAUUUUAUGACCCACUUAAAGGGAUAGUGACUAUGGAUGGUAGAGACAUAAAGUCAUAUAACCUUAAGUCACUAAGGAACUACAUUGCACUUGUGAGCCAAGAGCCAACACUUUUUAAUGGGACCAUAAGGGAAAACAUUGCAUAUGGAGCAUUUGAUAAGACUAAUGAAGUUGAGAUCAUUGAAGCAGCAAAGAUAGCUAAUGCUCAUGACUUUAUUGCAAGCAUGAAGGAUGGUUAUGACACAUGGUGUGGAGAUAGAGGAGUGCAGUUAUCUGGGGGCCAAAAGCAAAGGAUUGCAAUAGCCAGGGCUGUGUUGAAGAACCCAAAAGUGUUACUUUUGGAUGAGGCCACCAGUGCACUUGAUAGUCAAUCCGAGAAUGUAGUUCAAGAUGCUUUGGAGAAAGUAAUGGUAGGAAGGACCAGUGUCGUUGUGGCUCAUAGGUUGAGCACCAUAAGGAAUUGUAAUCGAAUUGUUGUAUUGGAUAAAGGAAGGGUUGUAGAAGAAGGGACUCAUUCCUCUUUGUUGGCUAAGGGACCAAGUGGAAAUUACUAUUCUUUGGUCAGUCUUCAAAGAAAUGCAACAACAACCACUAGUGCAACUGAUAUCGAAUACUAACUAAUCCUAAUCAAGCCAAGUUAUUUAAUUUGACAAUUUGAGAUUAUUAAUUGAUCUUGUUUUGGUUUUGAGUCAAGUUAUAUUUUUGCUUUUUUUUACUAUCGAAAAGGAAGUUAAAAAGAUAUAUCUUGUGCUCCCUCCGACCACGAACACAUGAACAUGCACACACUCUCACCUACGUACACAUAGACACACUCACACAUGGUGGUGGCUCAUAGGAUAAGCAUUAUAAGAAAUUGGGAUCGAAUUGUUGCGUUGGAUAAAGGGAGGGUUGUAGAAGAAUGGACUUGUUCCUCUUUGUUAGCUAAGGGAUUGAGUGGAAUUUAUUGCUCUUUGGUGAGUCUUCAAAGAAAUGAAACAACCACAAGUGCUAAUGAUAAUGAAUACUAACUAACUAAUCCAAAUCAAGUCAAGUUAUUUAAUUUGUCAAUUUGAGAUUAUUAGUUGAUCUUCUUUUGAUUUUAAUUAGUUGCAGGCACUAGUGGAAAAAUAGGAUAUUACAUCACUCAUUUUAUGUCGGAUAUACAAAGAACCGACGUAAUAAAAGCGCGGUGGCACGUUUGGUAAUUUUCUUAAAUUAUUUACGUCGGACCUAAACAGGGCCGACGUAAAUAACCCACAGGAUGCUUAAAAGAAGGUGUCUUGCGCGCACUAGCUAGUUCAAAAAUUUCAUGGCUUCCUUCUCCCGCCUCCUCCUCAAAUCGUCCACUUUCUUCUAUCUGUUUUUCUUCCUCAUCCCUCCGCCUCCUCCUCAAAUCGUGGCUAUUUUUCUUCUUCGGAGGGUUGCGUUUUUUCUUCUUCGGAG